UCACUACCUGCACGGGAAACCGUUCACGGUGCGUAUGGACAACUCUGUUGUCCAGGCUUUUCUGACAAAAUCGAAGCUCACUCCUCGACAGGCUCGCUGGUUGCGCGACCUAUCCGAGUUUAGUUUUACCACUGAGCACAUCAAGGGUGGGACUAAUCAGGUCGCAUAUGCCCUAUCCCGGCGCCCUGACCACGACCAGGAGCAGAUCCAGCUUUCUUCCAUCUCGGUUACCACUGUCCACCACUUGGUGAUCGACGAGUUUCGUACUCAGUACAGUCACUGCCCCGACUAUCGCGACAUCCACGAGACCCUUCGGAGUGGCAAGACCGUCCCGAACUACUCUCUCGGGGACAACAGUCUCGUGUAUUGGCACGGUUCACAGGGCACCAGAGAGCCCCGUAUUUGCGUUCCCUUUACAGGACAGCUACGUGUCCGCGCAGUAGCAGAGUUCCAUGACCAUGCAGCCGCCGGUCAUAUGGGCUUCCACAAGACGUUGGCUCGUGUGAGCCGCCUGUACGUCUGGCCGAAGCGCAAGGACUUUGUGAAGGACUACGUUGCAGAGUGUCCCACCUGUCAGGAGGGGAAUAGUGCAAACCACUUCCCUUAUGGUUUGCUCCAGCCUCUUCCUAUCCCUGAGGGUCGUUGGAAGUCCAUCUCGAUGGACUUUAUCGGUCCCCUUCGUCCUCCGACCCCUCGCGGUCAUGAUGCUAUCCUGGUCGUCGUCGACCGCUUCACGAAGCGUGCACACUUUGUUCCGUGCCGCUAUGCCAUCAGUACACGUGACGUCGCCGACAUCGUGUUUGACGGAGUCGUGCGUGACCACGGCUUACCUCUGAGCAUCAUAUCUGACCGUGACCCGCGCUUUACCAGCCGAUUCAGGCAACGGCUCCACGAUGUAUACGACACUCAGCUCCGCUUCUCCUCAUCUUACCAUCCUCAGACUAAUGGUGAGAAUGAGAUCAUGAACAGGACUCUCGGAGAUAUUCUCCGAAAGAUUGUUCGUGACGACCAGCAGUGGGAUCUCCAUCUUGCCCACGCGGAAAUAGCCUACAACCACGCCGUCUCGCCAGCCACGGGAAUGUCGCCUUACUAUUGCGACCUCGGCUAUCACCCUCGUGUUCCCGCGGACUUCCUCCGACCGUCCCAGCUGCACACCGACACGAGUUGUCCCGCGCUGGAUGAUUGGGUUGCACACAUGACGUCGAUUAUGAAGACCGCAUAUGAGCACAUAGCCGCUUCCGAGACUCGCAUGGCAGCACGUGCGAACCGAUUGAGAAUGGAUCAUCCAUUCAAAGUCGGUGAUGAUGUGCUUAUCGACGCCCGCCACUUACAGCUCAAAGCGGACAUGCUUCGCAAGUUUCGGCGUCGCUUCUUUGGCCCAUGCAGCAUCCUCCAAGCCGUCGGUUCUGAUACGGCUUCUAGCCCGGUCAGCUUCCGUGUGAAGCUGCCCGACUAUCUACGUCAGACUCGUGUGCACGAUGUCUACCACGUCUUGUUACUGCGUCCUUACUGCAGACCGUCUUAGCGUUUCGUUGGACGACAAUACGAGCGCCCUCCACCCAUCA